AUGCUGUACCUGGUUGGCCUUGGGCUGUCUGACGAGACGGACAUUACUGUCAAGGGGCUAGAGGUUGUCAAGAAGGCCUCGCGCGUCUAUCUCGAGGCAUAUACUAGCAUUCUGCUUGUUGACCAGGCGGUUCUGGAAAAAUAUUAUGAGCGCUCUAUUACCAUUGCGGACCGUGAAAUGGUCGAGUCCAACAGCGACGAGAUUCUGCGCAAUGCUCAAGAGGAGGAUGUCGCAUUCCUAGUCGUUGGAGAUCCCUUUGGUGCAACGACUCAUACCGACCUCGUUCUCCGUGCGCGCGAACUGAAUAUACCUGUACGAACUGUUCCGAACGCAUCCAUCCUGUCUGGCAUCGGCGCCUGUGGUCUUCAGCUAUACAACUUUGGUCAGACAGUGUCGAUGGUGUUCUUCACUGACAACUGGAGGCCGUCUUCAUUCUACGACAGAGUAAAGGAAAACCGCCAAAUCGGUCUGCACACGCUCGUUUUGGUCGACAUCAAGGUCAAGGAGCAGAGCUGGGAAAACUUGGCACGCGGCCGCAUGAUCUUUGAGCCUCCUCGCUACAUGACAGUGGGACAAUGCGCCCAACAGAUGAUCGAGGUAGAGGAGGGGCGCAAAGAGGGUGUCUACACCCGCGAUUCGCUCGCAAUUGGCGCGGCGCGUGUCGGCGGAAAGACCGAAAAGUUCAUCGCAGGAACUUUGGAAGAGCUAUGCUCCCAAGACGACGAAUUUGGUCCACCGCUUCACAGUCUUGUCCUGCUGGGCCGAAGAGCGCAUGAGCUCGAGAACGACUUUGUGCGCCACUUCGCCAUAGAUAAGGAGAAAUGGGAUAGAAUAUGGAAGGAUGAAUACGGAAAACAAUAG